UCGUGAUUCCAAACACUGCCCUUUUCAACACAUUUAUAUAUAUUUCUGUGUGCCUUGGCUCUUAUUGGAUCCAUUGUUACUCACUUCAGACCUUGAGGAGGGAGAGACUAAUCUGUCAGAAAAUGGCUAACCAGCAGAAGAGAGGGUUCUUGUACAUUUACAAAGGCGGGAAAGGGAAUCCAAGGAAGAAGAAUAAUGAGCUUGAUCAGCCUUCUACAGUAGUCGAGGUGGGGAAGAAAUCCAAUUCACUCUGUUGGCUAACUAGGAUAUCAAAAGCUCGAAGCUUGAGUGUCGGCAUUAAUGGCGGCCAAAGAGGCUUAUCAGCAGCAGAAGCAGGAGGAGGAGGAGGAUUUGUUGAGGGCAGAAAAUCAACUUCUUGCUUAGAGCUAGGAUCAGGAGGAGGAUAUGAUGAGGGAAGAAAGUCAAUAUCUGCAGAAUCAGCAUUAGAAUCAGGAGGAGUAAUAGUUGAGGGAAGGAAAUCAGUCUCCCACAUUGAAUCAAAUCUGUCAGCAGUGAGAGGGAUAGUUAUUGAGGGGAAUAGAAAGUCAGUGUCUCAGAUUGAAACAUUAUCUUCUGUGACUGCAUAUCUUCAGGUAAAGGUUUUGGUCACUGACAUGCCAAGCUUCAUGCAAGUGCAAGCCUUCCGCUGUGCUAGGAGAACAUAUGAUAGCUUGGAGAAGUUUAGCUCUAAACACAUCGCUCAUAACAUAAAGAAGGAGUUUGACAAAGCGUAUGGUCCGGUCUGGCAUUGUAUUGUGGGCUCAAGUUUUGGCUCUUUUGUGACGCAUUCAACGGGGUGUUUCCUUUAUUUUUCAAUUGAAAAAUUGCAUAUUUUACUGUUCAAGACCAAAGUUAAGAAAGCUCAGGUUGAAUAAAUAUAUAAUCUUUUUUUGCUACAGGAAUAAAUAUAUAAUCUUAAUUAUACAGGAUUCAACGCAUAGAGACUUUGGAUUCUGGAAAAAGCCUCUGUUGUAUUUCGAUAUCUGUACAUGAAAAUUCGUAUAAUGUAAUGAAACUUGUUUUAUAUGAACAUAUGUUUUAUUUUCA